AUGUCUCCACCUCCGUCCAAAGCGAUCGCUGCGGCGGCCGGCAUGCUGAGGAGCCGAGUGAGGGCGGCGGUGCGCACGAGGGGAGGCGGUGGCGGCGAGGGGGCGGGGCGGUGGACGAGCCCGGGGACGCAGGAGCGGCCGAACGGGUACCUCUUCAACCGGACGCCGCCGCCGCCGGGUGAGUCGCGGAAGUGGGAGGACUGGGAACUCCCUUGCUACAUCACCUCUUUCCUCACCAUCAUCAUCCUCGGCGUCGGCCUAAACGCCAAGCCCGACCUCACCCUCGAGACCUGGGCCCACCAGAAGGCCCUCGAGCGCCUCCAGCAACAGCAGGUCGCCUCCGAUGAGUGA